GUUGGAAUAAUAAUGAAUUUCUGAAAGCCUUAUUAAAAGAUGUUCAUUUCCAAGUGUUUACUAUUAGGAUAGAUGAAUCGUGGAAAAAUAUAAGAGUUUACAAAAAAUAUUGUGGUACACAAUUGUUUGGCUUAGAACAUCCAAUGAUACAAAAGGCCAUUAAUAAUAAAGAGAUUGAAAAAAAUAAUGUCAAAGAAGAGUUAGAAAAAAGAUCUUUUCAUUAUGAUGAAAAAGAGAUUUGGCCAAAUUUAAUUGCAAUUUUAAAUGAAAAUAUUGCAAAUGAAACAAUAAAUAAAAUAGCAGAAGUAAGUAUAUCAAUUAACAUGAAUAGUACAGUGGAAAAUAAUAAUGUUUCAGACAUGAGAACUAAAAAAGGAAAGGGGAAAAAAUGGAAAACAAGAUUGAAUAUUGGUUUCUACAGAAACAACUAUUUUCGAUCUGAUUGGGCUUUAAGAGAAAACCAAGAAUAUGAAAAGAAAGGUGAUGGAAAACACAUACCUGAAAGAGUAUUGGAAUUAUUAAAAGUAGAAAUAGAUGAGUUGGAGGAGAAUGAUAUACCAAAAUUGAAAACAAUCGAAAAUUGGAUUAGCCGAUAUUCUUACCAAUACAAACAAGCAAUGGCAGAAAAAAUUCAAAGCUCAGACAAAUAA